UAACAUCUCAGCAUCUCUGCCUCGCACACAGGAACAGUCUGUGUGUGGACAAUGAUAACGAUACCCCGGAAGCGAGCACAUCUGUUUGUUGUAAACAAGUCCGUGCUAUGUUUUCACGCGCUAAGUUAGCUUACCUAGCCCUCAAGCUAACGUCAGUUUCUGCAUUACAUCUGCGUAGUUUGACAAGCUUGGAGUUAGUUUGGAAGUGUAGCAGGAAGCUGCCCGCCACUGGACUUCGGGGACUGUGUUCGGGGGAUUAGUUCUUUAUGUGCCACUGGGAGCAGCAGCAGCAUGGCAGAUGACAAGGACGUGUUGAGAGACGUCUGGUUCGGCCGGAUCCCCACCUGCUUCAUUCUGAAUCAGGAUGAAGUUACUGAGAGAGAAGCAGAGCCCUACUAUCUGCUGUUACCCAGAGUGAGCUACCUGACUCUGGUUACAGACAAGGUGAGGAAACACUUCCACAAAGUCAUGAGGACCGAGGACGCGGAGGAGAUGUGGUUCGAGUAUGAAGGGACGCCACUGAAAUGGCACUAUCCAAUUGGAGUUCUGUUUGACCUCCAUGCGUCCAACACAGUCUUACCCUGGAGCAUCACUGUGCACUUUAAGAAUUUUCCAGAUCGUGACCUGCUCCACUGCCCGUCCAACUCUGUGAUCGAGGCACACUUCAUGUCCAGCAUCAAGGAGGCCGACGUCCUCAAGCACAAGAGCCAAGUCGUCAACGACAUGCAGAAGAAAGACCACAAACAGCUGUGGAUGGGCCUGCAGAACGAUAAGUUUGACCAGUUCUGGGCCAUGAACAGGAAGCUGAUGGAAUAUCCCACCGAGGAGGGGGGCUUCAGAUGCAUCCCCUUCAGGAUAUACCAGGUAACCUUCCUGUUCAGUUCUUGUGUCUGAGUGAAGCUGGAGUGU